GCAGCCCAAUAACCCAUAUGUCAACGCAUUACCUGUCUGGUUUUUUAUUCCAACAGAUGAGAAUGCGUAUCGAUCUUUUAACACAGGUGCUGGUUGCAAUAGGUGAGUUUGUUUGUGUAAUUUAUGAGUCGCCGCCUAAACAAGUUGGGUAAUAAUGAGUAAUUGAGGCCAAGUGUUCACUUUUUGAUAGACGUCAACAGUGCGUUUCCUCAUGGAACUUCCAAUCCUGUUCCUCCUCUGAUCUCUGAUUCUGGCAGAGGUUCCAAUGGUUAGUAAAUAAUUAUUUAAAAGAAGAAGAAGACGAAGAAGACAUGGAGAGGUUGCUAGCAGUGGUAGGAGUUUUGCAGGUGUUGAUAGCAAGCGCCGGUUCAUACGCCGAUAAUCACUUGCUAUCUCGCAUUGCUUUCGGAUCUUGUGCCAACCAAAGCGCUCCUCAGCCCAUCUGGGACGCCAUCAACAAGUUUGAUCCCCAAGUAUUCAUAUGGCUUGGUGACAACAUAUAUGGAGACAUUAGACGGCCUUUCAAGAUUCUGGGAAAGGAAAGGACUAUUGGUCCCUGGAGGAAUGUUCCCAGGUUCGUUCCUUCCUCUCACUCCCAAAUGCUUUCCAGAUACAAUAUGGCUAAGAACAUUCCCGGUUAUUCUCGUCUUCGCGCCAAUGCUAAGGUCAUUGGUACUUGGGAUGAUCAUGAUUAUGGACUCAAUGAUGCUGGCAAAGAAUUUUCUCAGAAAAUUACUAAUCAGAGGCUUCUCCUUGAUUUCUUAGAUGAACCCCAAGAUAGUCCCAGGCGCAAGCAGGCUGGUGUUUACACAUCUUACACAUUAGGCCCUCCAAGUAAACAAGUCAAGAUUAUCCUAUUAGAUACUCGAUAUCACAGAGAUCCUAUAUCUAGUGAUGGAAGUGUCUUGGGGGAAUCACAAUGGUCUUGGUUAGGGAAAGAGUUGAGGGGUCCACCAUCAACCAUUACCAUAAUUGGCUCUUCCAUUCAGGUUAUAUCAAAUCUUUCAGCUACAACUGGCCCCUUGUUUUAUAUGGAGUCUUGGGGACGUUUUCCCAAGGAGAGGAAUCGCCUUUUUAAGUUGAUAGCAGAUACUAAGAGAGAUGGAGUCUUCUUCAUAAGUGGAGAUGUUCAUUUUGGAGAAAUUACACGGUAUGACUGUGGAGCUGGAUAUCCUUUGUAUGACAUUACCUCAAGUGGGCUAACCCAAGCUGUUGAGAAGGUGCUCCCAUCACCGUUGCAUUUCAUUGUGAGAUUUUUGGCAUGGUUUACACCUAGUACAAUGAGAGUUAUGAGCCAAACUUGCAGAUAUAGGUCAUGCACGUAUGGUGAACCAAAUUUUGGAGCCAUUGAGAUAGAUUGGGAUGCAUUUCCAGUGACCUUGAAAAUUCAAGUCUGCGAUAUAAAUGGACUUCCUGUGACUGGUGUAAAUAUUUCAUUAUCAGAAUUGCAAGCACAGAAUUCUACAAUUAAAGCAAGACAAGAUCGGAGGCACUGCUCUCUGGAAGUGAUGUUACCAUGGAUUGUUAAAUAUCGCUUGGCUAUUCUGGUCUAUUCUGUUUUAGCUUUGUUGCUUCUUGCUUUGGUAGGACUGAUUUAUGCGGCAACAAUAGUCCGCCGGAUGUGCCUCAGCAAAUGCAAGAUUGAUUGACCAUGUGUUCAAUAUGGAGUUGGGUACAGAGAUCAUCAGAAACCAAGAAAUGUAAUAACUCUGACUCACUAAUUGGUGCUAGGAUAAGCUAAAUUGUGUAUUCCUUUUCUGGUAUCAAUUUGAUAAUAUUAGCUUGGGAUGAUAACAAGAGUUGACUUCCUGAUGUAAUGGAUUUUCAAAUUGUGCAUCUAAUUUACAUGUUUUACAAAUCAA